AUGGCGGAGAAGAAGCCGAAUUUUCUAAUUAUUGUCGCAGACGACUUGGGGUUUAGUGACACUUCCCCUUAUGGGGGCGAGAUCGACACGCCCAAUUUACAAAGGUUGGCUGAAGAGGGGAUUCGCAUGACCGGCUUUCAUACGGCUGCAUCAUGUUCUCCUACGAGGGCUAUGCUCCUGUCGGGCACAGACUCCCAUAUAGCCGGGCUAGGAGUAAUGGCUGAAAAGAUAAAAAAGGUCCCUGGCAUCUUCAAAAACAAGCCCGGGUACGAAGGGUACUUAAACUACCGCGUUGCUGCUCUAGGAGAAAUCCUACAAGAUGCAGGGUACUUCACCCUCAUGAGUGGCAAGUGGCACUUAGGUUUGAAGAAGGAGCUUGGUCCUCACGCAAGAGGUUUUACCAAAGUACUCUCUACUCUUCCGGGGGCCGGAAACCAUUUCAACCAUGAGCCGCAACUGUAUGAUCUCAAGGAAAAGCCAACGGCCAUUUUCAAAGGCGACGGCAUUUGGAUGAAGGAUGGGGCUUUUAUCAAUGGUAGCACGGAUCUACCCAAGAAUUUCUACUCCUCGAAUACAUUCACAGAUGACUUCUUGAACUUCUUGACGGAAAGAACAGAAGAAGAGAGAUCCCAGCCUUUCUUUGGCUAUCUCCCUUACACAGCGCCCCACUGGCCGCUACAGGCCCCGCAAGAUGUCAUCGAGAAAUACCGGGGUAAGUACGACGAUGGUCCCGCCGUACUACGGGAUCGUAGACUUCACAGCUUGAUAGAAAAAGGACUUGUACCACCCGAUGUUGAGCCAGCGCCCUUGCACAUGCUCAAGACUCAGCCUUGGGAGGAGCUAUCAGAAGAAGACAAGAGAAAGUCUUCUCGAGCUAUGGAGGUCUAUGCAGCAAUGGUCGACCUCAUAGAUGUAAACAUAGGUCGCGUGCGAGCCUAUCUCGAAGAUACAGGCGAGCUCGACAACACUUUUAUCGUCUUCAUGUCUGACAAUGGAGCCGAGGGACAACUAUUAGAGGCCUUGCCCAUCCUGGCUGGUUACACGGUCGAAGAUGUUGUCAAAAAAUACUACGAUAAUUCGUUGGAAAAUAUCGGCAACUACAACUCCUUCGUAUGGUAUGGGCCACAGUGGGCUGGCGCAGCAACAGCGCCUGCGCGCGGAGCGAAGUCACAUUCGACCGAGGGCGGAAUACACUGCCCCUGCAUUGUGCGAUAUCCUCCCGCGUUGAGCAAAACCGGUUUAGUCACCAGCACUUUCACGACAGUCAUGGACAUCGUUCCGACCAUCCUAGAUCUCGCAGGCUUAAAACACCCGAGUCCCGUCUUUCGCGGCCGAGAGGUGGUACCCGUCCGAGGAAAAUCUUGGCGACCGAUCUUAGAACACCCCGAGGAUGAGAGCAUCCAAAUAUACCAACCCACGGACAUUGUCGGCUGGGAACAGCUUGGAAUCGCCGCCGUGAGAGUAGGCGAUUGGAAAGCGCUGUUCCUCCCUCCUCCUAAAGGACCUGGCCGAUGGGAAUUGUACGAUCUUUCUAAGGAUAUCGGCGAAGUUCAUGAUCUAGCGGAAAGUCACUCGGAGAAACUAAAGGAAAUGCUCCGGCACUACGAAACUUACUUCCAGGAGACUGGCAUGUUCGAUUCGUACACCAUGUACCACGAAGCGUUGAAGCAGAAGAAAGCCGAGGGAAAGAAAGUUGAGACCAGCUUAUACACUCCAUAUAUCUCAGUUCUUCGUCAAGGCUUAGCUUUUGUGCAGGAAAGGUUUCUGAGUAUUGCCAAGGGCACCUGGGGUGAUGAAUAG